AUGCCGCUUCUCCCCCCGGAUCAUCCUCAUGUCUCUGGCCAUCGAGACAACCCGCAGCCAUCCCGACCAGGUGAUAAGAACAAGGAGAAUGGUCCUGCGAGACCUGGAUUGCAUAAGAAGACGAAGAGUACUACAUCUCUGAAAGGCUUUGGGAACGACAAAGUCAAGGACGAGUCCAAAGUUCUUACAGAAGGAAACCGAGAGAAUGGAUCGGGGAAGAAACCGAGGAAGUCCAAGUCCUCCACAAGCCUUGCAACGAUCUUUGGAAAGUCGAAAUCAGGAAAGUCUGAGUCCAGUCCCAAGAAGUCGAAAGAGAAGGACAAGGAGAAUACCUCACCGCCCCGGUCUGCGGAGCCACAGAACCACACUCCAAUCUGGGCCCAGUAUUCCUCUCAGCCAUUCCAGGAGAUUACAACAACAACUAACGUACCCCUCAAUGAUCAAUCCCAAAUGCAGAAGGAGAUCGAUCUGUUCACGCCGAAGAUUUACACCCCAUCCAAGCAGCGGAACUUCCAUAAUGUUCAGCCCGUGCUUGCUACCAGGAACCAGCGACCAAAGUCGGAAGUCAUCAUCGGAACGGAGAGGCUGGGAGUAUCCGGGCCCGGAAUGCAAUUCUCUGGUCUCACCUCACCUUCAGCACAUCGAGAGAAUGCAAAUCCUACCUUAACAAAAGCGAAGAAGGAGCACGCGUCCGAUCGACGUGGAUCCCGAGUCAUGAACUUCGUCGCCCAGUUCAACGAGCGCGCCCAACGGGCGGCUGAACCAACCCCCAUGUCCCCGCAAGACCUGAAGAAGCUUGAAACCGACUUCGAAGCCGUGCUCGAGAAGCGGCAGAUCCCCGAAGCGACGCGCGACAAAAUGCGGACGAUGAACGGCGAAAUGAAGUUGAAGUUCAUUCGCGCGGAGGCCAUGCCGAGCACACCGACAGAGCCGGAGCCGCCGCAGGUCCCGACGAAGACCGAGACGCACGCGGAGGGGAAGAAGAAGCAUAUCCGCACCCGCAGCGGGUUCAGCACGCACAGCAACAAAGGCGGCAAGGAAAACGUCAAGGAAGAGGAUGAAAAGCGACCCAACUCCAAAGAUGGCUCCAAGAAGCGGAGACCACGAAGCCGCACCUUCACGUUCGGUAAAGGCGAGUCUUCACCGUCCAAGAAACAAAAGGCCGAAGGUGAAUCGUGGUCGAAGCGCUCGACGAACGUCCCCAAGUCACCGUCCAGCACGAGCCUUGCGUCUGUCAAGUCCUCCGCGAGCGGGAAGGAGAAGAAACCGAAGACGGCGAACCCGAAGGAGUUCGUGAAGUACUUGAGACAGGCUCAGCGGCCGCAGGAGGCGGAAGUAGGGAAGCUCCAUAAGCUGCGGUUGUUGAUCAGGAACGAGACGGUUGAAUGGGUGGAUUUGUUCAUUGGUGAAGGCGGGAUGGUGGAGAUCGUGGGAUUGCUACAUCGGAUCAUGAAAGUGGAGUGGAGAGAGGAACAUGAAGACCAGUUGCUGCAUGAAACGUUGCUCUGCCUGAAAGGCCUUUGCACGACUGCUCUGGCGCUCCAGAAGCUGUGUGAUAUUGAGAAAGAGCUCUUCCCGGCACUUCUUGGGAUGCUCUUCGACGAGGAACAUAAAGGUCCUAGCGAGUUCACGACUCGGACCGUGAUCAUCAACAUCAUCUUCACUCACCUAUCGUCUGCCCCCGCGUCUGAGCUUGAAACCCGCGCGAGGAAGCUUCUCGGAUAUCUCCAAGACCCAACCGGACCCGACGACAAACAGCCGCUCCCGUUCAUCAUGGAGAUGCACAAACCUCGUCCAUAUCGCGUGUGGUGCAAGGAGGUAGUCAACGUGACUAAAGAAGUGUUCUGGAUCUUCCUCCACAGCCUCAACACCAUCCCUCUCCCCAAAUGCACCGACGCCGAUGCAGCCAACGAUGCCACCAAGCCCACCACCAUCGACCAACCCCCCACCACCCAAUCCUACAACAAACGCCACUUCCCUUCCCCCCGCCCCCCCGUCCCAGCCGCCCCCUACGUUGGCGGCGUCGAAUGGGACGCCACCAACUACAUGGCCGCGCACCUCGACCUCCUCAACGGGAUCCUUGCCUCCCUCCCCACCACCGAGCGCACCGCCCUCCGCGACGCCCUCCGCGCCUCCGGCUGGGAGAAGCUCAUGGGCCAAACCCUCCGCACGUGCAAGGAGAAAUUCUACGGCGCCGUGCACGACGGGCUGCGCACGUGGGUGGCGGCGGCGGCGGAGGAUGGAUGGGACGCCUAUGGCGUGCGCACGGGGAAGGGGGCGGGACAGGUGGAGCGGACACCGAGUCCGAAGAAGAGUCCGAGGAAGAAGCGGGAAGGCGAGGGGGAGGCGCCUAGGGUGGAUUUCGAGGCGCAGAGGAGGGAAGGGAAGUUUGAUAUUGGGUUGGGGUUGGGGUUGUCGUUGGCGGAGGCGCAUCAUAAGUGGAGGGAUGCGCAACGGGAGGCGGGGGAGAUUUGA